AAAUAGAAUUUUUUAUUUUAAUUAUCCAUUCCCAUUUCCCCCAGCUCCCGCAUGGAUUUCAGGAAGGAAGCAGUGAAGCACUGAACUCCAGACUCCAGUAUAUGCUAAUUAAUGGCUUUUACUCUAAGUUCUCUUUCCAUUUCAGCUCCUUCCAUCACGCGUAGAAGCUGCCAGGCUACUACGGCUGUCUCGGCUCCCUCCGCUGUGCACAUCCCUAGGCCACCGGCGCCGCUGCUUCCGCCUCUCUCUCAUGAUCAAUCCUCUAAUCCCGCCACUCUACCAUCCUCAUCCUGCGCCCUCCAUUGCCCUCACUUUCAGAUGUGUUCAGGUUGUACUCAAGAGUUUAAUCUUCACCGUCCAUUACUGAUUGAUGAAGCUGUGAACUUCUUCAAGAAGCUUGGCGUUAAAUUCACCUUUGAUAGUGGUAGAUUGUGGGGGUGGAGGUGCCGUGCUAAGCUUGCAGUUCGCGGUUCAUCAGUGCAACCUUUAAUUGGGCUAUAUCAGGAGGGAACUCACACUGUUGUUGAUAUCCCUGAUUGUCAAGCUCACCAUCCUAAUAUUAAUGCCGUUGUGAAACUUCUGAAACGAGCUAUAAUUGAGUUGAAUGUUGAACCAUAUGACGAAGAUUUAGGGACCGGGGAUCUGAGAUAUGUUCAGAUGGCUGUUACAACCCAUGACACCUCUCUUCCAACCUCAGAAAGAUAUAAUAAGGGUAAAGUUCAGGUUUCUCUAGUUUGGAAUUCAAGAAAUGAAAACUCACAUACUUAUGAAAAACUUAAGGCGUUGGCCAAUUUCUUGUGGAGAACAGGUGGACCACGGAGUGAAGACCAUUUAAUACAUUCUGUCUGGGCAAAUUUUCAGACAUCAUCAAAUAAUAUAAUUUUUGGAGAUAGAUGGAGGUAUCUAUUAGGGGAAAGAGAUUUCUGGGAACAUGUUGGUGGAAUUGAUGUGUCUUUGGCUCCAUCUAGCUUUGGACAAGCAAAUACACGGGCAUUUGAUUCUUUGCUACGCAAGUUACAGAAAUAUGUCCCAUAUGGUGCAUCAGUCAUUGAUCUUUAUGCAGGAUCUGGUGUUAUUGGAUUGUCUUUAGCGUCCACAAGGAAAUGCAGUUCAGUUAAAUGCGUAGAAGUCAACCAACAAUCAAGACAGGCUUUUACGAAGACAGCUGAGCGCUUGCCAACCAAUCUUGAUAGCAGCAUUAGCUGGCACCAUGCUGACACUUCAAUAGAACCUCAUUCUUGGCUUGUUGGAGCUGAAGUAGUUGUGGUUGACCCUCCACGGAAAGGACUGAAUCCCUCUCUGAUUAAAGCAUUGCAAGCUGUGCCAUCAGGGACACCUAAAAGCAAGCUCUCAGAAAGUAAUGAAAUGACAAAAGAUGAAAAAAGACCCUGGGUUCUGCGCGCAAGAGAAGCUUCAGUUUUUAUUGGAGGAAGAACUCAGUCACGGGAAACCCAAACUUCUCCUCAAACUCUUAUAUAUAUAAGCUGUGGAUGGGAAAGUUUUAAAGAGGAUUGCAAUUCACUUGUAUCUUCCAAGGCAUGGAGUUUAGACAAGGCCCAUGGCUUCAAUUUCUUUCCUGGCACACAAAGUGUGGAGAUUCUAGCAGUUUUUAAGAGAUGGUCAAAAGGUAAAAGGGAUUCCGGAAAGAAGAAAAGACCCUCCUGAUGCUAGCUGUAUUGAGAGUUUGAGACCGAGAUUGAUUGUGAGUUUGUGACAGUUUUGAUAGAUUUCCAUGGACAUGUUUUCUUGAUCCAGGCCUAGAAGAAUGGUUUUGUAGUUUUCUUUUCAGGGCCUUUGGCCCAUAAUGGAAUCCUCCCCCCAGUACAUAAACAAGAAAGAAUAGAAAUGAAAUGGGCAUGGCCCUGGUUCAAAACGACACAAGCCAUGCAAAAGAGGCAGCCUGCCAAACUUCAAGCCGGAUGAACGAGUCUAGGAUUUAGCAGGGAAAAUGGAAAAUGUGACUAUGUGAGGGGGAGGUUUAAAGGAGAAAAAUGUGCAGCGGCCAAAGCAAGAUGUUGUCCCCGGAAAUUAUACCGUACCACCGGUUGUACUGUGUGGUUGGUAUAGUCUGGUAUUAUACCACCGGUUGUACUGUGUGGUUGGUAUAGUCUGGUAUUUUUGUAAUUAAUUUUAAUUCGGAGCCUAACAGAACCGGAAACAGAUCGGUAGAGAUUUUUAGAUCCAACAUGUUGGACAACGGAUCUCGCAAAACUGCGAAGACUGCGAGUGACAUAAAAGUGAUUCUGUUAAGAACACUUUCUGUAAAAACCAGAUUGCAAUUUCUAUUCUAGAAUUUUAGCUUGUGAUAUUUGGUAUUGAAGUUCAUUUGGGAUUAUCAGUUCGUUCGAUCAGUUCCAGCUUAAUACAAGGAUUUCAAUUUUCUGUUCUAGC